UAGACGGUGGAUCAACUAAACUACUCCCAAGGUCCCCCCUCGGAGUCCUCUGUUUAAAUACCUUUCUGUCCUUCGUGGAACACCGGCGGGCCAGGAUGAUAGACGCAGGGCUCGUCGGCGUCGGUGAAUUCCUUCCCGCAGCCCUUAUGGACACACUUGGAGGCCAUGCUGGGGGAAAUGGGGUGGAAGCGACUGAAAUGAGAGGAAGCAGAGCUGAGUAAGAGAGAGACCGACGGUUUAACGGUAUCUCCUGGGGAAGAGAUAUGAGUUCUAUGGGGGGGAAAAGAUCGAUCGUCGCAGACAUCGAAGGUCGAAGAACCGCCGCUGAGGUUCGGCCCAAACGGGCUUAGCCGGGGGUGAGAGCUCGAAGGUUCCAGUCAUUCAAUCCAUUCUUGCUCUUCCCCGCGAUUCCAUCUUCCAAGUUCUAUACCCUUGAUUGAUUUACUUCAACUUAGUUGAGACAGCCCAAUAGAGUCUGGAUCUCCUUAACUUACGGCAACAUGCUCCCCACCGCCGCCCGUCUCGCCGCUGCUCGCGUCACUCUCUUCACCCGCGCCAAUUGCGGCCUCUGCGACACCGCCAAACUCACCGUCACGAAGCUGCACAAGCGCCGUCCCUUCGACUACACCGAGUUGGACAUUCAGCUCCCAAGCAAUAAGCCUUGGAAGGAUGUCUACGAUUUUGAUGUUCCCGUGCUACACGUCCAGUCGGUCCAGACUGACGCGUCGUUGUCGGAUCCGAAGAAGUUGUUUCAUCGGUGGACAGAGCAGGAGAUGGAGACAUUGAUCGACGAGGCGGAGAAGAAGCAGUAGCUGGAGACAGCUGUCUAGGGUUGUGUAUAUAUAUAUACUGUAAAUAUGCAUGUAUUAUGAGUUCUAUCUUGA